UUAAACAGAACAUCUGCUCAACACCAUGCCCACUCUAAAGAAGUAACCUUUUCACAAGAAUGACACGUCUUGUCUGAGUCUCCUCACUUUGGCAUUUUGGCUUUCCUCUGGUGAGAAAGUCUCUCCUCAUCUAUGAGCAUUCCCUGUCUGGAAAAUUUAGAAGCAUACUUUGGAGGAAAAACAGGAAUUUUAAGAAGAGUUUGUUCAUCUUUCCAAGAAAGGUGGAUAAGAUUUUGGUGGGGGUUGUCCUGAAUCUAAAAAAAAAGAAUUUCCGUACCUAGCAGACCUAUUUGACAUCACUUCAGGAUUCUGUCACUGGAAAUUGCUAUUUCACAAUUGAGGUGGGAGCUCUUGACAAUAUAAAAAUAUCUAAGUAGCUGGGAAGAUACUAGAAGGUCAUUUAUUUUACCUGUAUCUGACAGCCCUCCGCCACUUCAGCACUAUGAGAACAACAUCCUUUAUCCUACUCCUGGUUGUGGCACUUGCAACCAUAUUCAAUAUAGACUGUUCCACAGAGGAGUACCAGGUUAAUUGCACUCCUUAUAGAAACCUACCACCAGAAGAACUAAGAUUUUGUCCUCUAGUCUAUGAACCAAUUUGUGGAUCUGAUGGCAAAACCUAUUCCAAUGAAUGUAUCUUUUGUUUUAAAGUUAAGGAAACUGAUGAAAGACUUAAAUUUAUACAUUUUUGAAAAUGUUGAAUCCAUCUUCUGAUUCCAAAAUACCUUUUAAUGCAUUUUCUUACUAAGAGAUACAUUUCAUUUCCCAGAAAUCCAUCACACCUUGCCUAAUCGUAUCACCAUAUGUUGAUUUCUUUGUAGAAUAAAAUAGGCCUAAGUGAAAUAAA